GUCAUAUCCGUCGCGUUCUGCUCUUUCCUUUCUCCUCGGUUCCUCCGGUUUGGGGGGAGGGGCAGGUAGAUCAGAGGAAUGAGUCGUCGGUCAGCCCGGGGCUGAGAGACGCUCCCUGUCACCGUCUGAAUGCUCUGAAGAAGGGGGGGCAAGAGCCUCUCCUCAGUGGCAGCCUUCGCACCCAGUCCAGCCGGUAUAAAGAAUUUAUAAAUAUGGGAGCAUUUUUAGACAAGCCAAAGAUGGAGAAGCAUAAUGCUCAUGGUCAGGGUAAUGAACUGAGAUAUGGGCUUAGUAGUAUGCAAGGUUGGCGCGUUGAGAUGGAAGAUGCUCAUACUGCUGUUAUUGGGCUGCCUAAUGGACUUGAUGCAUGGUCAUUUUUUGCUGUUUAUGAUGGUCAUGCUGGAUCCCAGGUUGCCAAGUACUGCUGUGAGCAUUUGCUGGAUCACAUCACAAGCAACCAGGAUUUCAAGGGGACAGAUGGACAUCUGUCUGUGUGGAGUGUAAAAAAUGGAAUCAGAACGGGAUUUCUCCAGAUUGAUGAGCACAUGAGGGUAAUCUCCGAGAAGAAACAUGGUGCUGACAGAAGUGGAUCAACCGCUGUUGGGGUUAUGCUUUCCCCAACUCACAUUUACUUCAUCAACUGUGGAGACUCAAGAGGUUUACUUUGCAGGAACAAGAAAGUGCAUUUCUUUACACAGGAUCAUAAACCAAGCAAUCCUCUUGAAAAGGAGCGUAUACAAAAUGCUGGGGGCUCUGUGAUGAUUCAGCGUGUAAAUGGGUCACUUGCGGUUUCAAGGGCUCUGGGUGACUUUGAUUACAAAUGUGUCCAUGGAAAAGGCCCUACAGAGCAGCUUGUUUCACCUGAGCCUGAAGUUUAUGAAAUUGAGCGUUCAGAAGAAGAUGACCAGUUUAUCAUUUUGGCAUGUGAUGGCAUUUGGGAUGUCAUGGGGAACGAAGAGCUAUGUGAUUUUGUGUGGUCAAGACUUGAAGUUACUGAUGACCUUGAAAGGGUGUGCAAUGAAAUAGUGGACACCUGCCUGUACAAGGGAAGCAGAGACAACAUGAGUGUCGUACUGAUCUGUUUUCCAAGUGCUCCAAAAGUAUUGCCUGAGGCAGUAAAAAGGGAGGCGGAACUGGACAAGUACCUGGAAGGCAGAGUAGAAGACAUCAUAAAGAAGCAGGGUGAAGAAGGUGUACCAGACUUAGUCCAUGUGAUGCGUACAUUAGCCUCUGAGACCAUCCCUAAUCUCCCACCUGGGGGUGAAUUGGCAAGCAAACGGAGCGUGAUUGAAGCCGUGUACAACAGACUGAAUCCAUAUAGAAAUGAUGACACUGAUUCCGCAUCAACAGAUGAUAUGUGGUAAAUGUGUUCAUAUAGCGAUGGAGUUUCCACUCAUCCUCUGAAUGAACAUACAACCCAACCUCAGUGAUCCUUCUUAGCGUCCUACCAUAACCUUGCCAUUUACACAAGGGAGUGUGAUGUGGGUGAGAGUGAUGACACAGAGUAUCCCAAAAGUACAAGAAGUGUCCCAAUAAUUUGUUUUCCUUUUUAUCACCAUCUCCUCCCCACAGGCUUUUUGUAAAAUCUCAAGUUUUCUGUACCCUUAAUUCAAAACAAGAAUUCACCAUGUAAAUCAGACUCCAGCAAUUUUUUUUUUGUUGUAUGAUUUAUGUUUUUGUAAAGUGCAAUUGUCCUUGUAUAAAGUGGUCGUAUUUAAUUAUGGACUGCAAAUUGCUCGAAAGCUCCCAGGAAGUCUGGCUUGUUUGUGACGCCACCACUUAUCUAACCCUAUACAUUUAUGUGAUGGUUUUAGAUGCAAAAGGAAGCAGCAACAUAACCAGCUGGCUUCCCAUGAUCUUGUUAAUAAUGUUGUAAUGUUAGUGAAUAUUACUAGCCUGCCAUUCUAUCAUAAUGAAUGUUCAACUUUCUAUGGUUAAAUUCCAUGCUAAAGGGGCCCUUAGCCAAUCAUAUUGCGUUAAACGCCUCUGCUGCCUUAGAACUCAAACACAUUUUCGUGGUUUUGCUAAGCAAUUUUGAGCGCUAGUCAUCUAAGAACAGCGGUGCAGCCACGAUUAAAGUGACGCGCUCGAUUUACUAAUCAUUUAUGUGCAGAGAGAGGUCGAGUAACAGAGGAACGGUCAUUUUUAAAACUACACUGGCUGGAUCUGUUGCUGCUACAGAGUUCUCAAUUACAUUUUAUCAAUAAAGCUUGAUUUGACUAAUACAUCUAUCCAAAAAGGAGUAACUUCUCAUUCUAUCCAUUGAGACCAUGCCAUUAGGAGGGGGUAUCGGUUAACCUAGAUUUACUGUUUGCAGCUGUAUCCAGUGCCUGCUGCAGAGCUGACACUCUUAACACUUUGGCUAAUGUGUGUAUUUCUCCCGACCACUUUCUUUUUUUUUUUUUUUUUUAGAUGAUGAUAAACUUGCUGAAUAUUUGUCAAUCGGAAUUGUAGCAUGUUACCGGAAAAAAAAAAGUUUUAAUUUCUGGAUCUUUGGAAUUAAAAAUAGAAUUCUGCAUAUGAAAGAGACAAAAUCAUGUUUUUUUUCCCCAUCAUUUUCUUUUAUUAUGUUUUAUUGUCUUUACUAUAAAGGUGCAGCUAAUAUAGUCCUGUUUAUUUCCGUACGAAGCUUUGCAGGGUCUCGCUUGCUUUGUGUCACCGGAUCUGAUAAGACACUGAUAGAUGUGCAAAUCCAACCCAAUCAGUUUGAAUAUGAAGUUCAGUAUUUAUGUCGUUCUUGCUGAACAUGAUUGACAAGUGUUUUCAAUUCAGGUUUCUUCCUCCUGUUCCAAAACAUUUAAAUGGGAAGAUAAAUGAUUCCACCUCUCUUAGGCUUUUUCCUGCAACCCCCAGUCUGUAGCUUCUUUUAUCUGCAGUCCACAUUUAUGUCCUUCCAUUAAUAAUGGCAUCUAAAUAGGAAACCAGGCCCAGGUUAUUUGCUUGCAUCUGUUUAAUUAUGGGGAUCAUUCUGUAUAAUUUGUAUGUCCUCCCAACCCCAAAUGUUAAUUCUGAGCAGUGCAAGAAGGUAACAAUAUUUCUGUUGCAGGUUUCCAUUGCAUUAAAUAGAAAACUUUCUGGACCACUGUAUGAGAGAUGAUUUGUAUGAAUUUUUCACAAAUUAAAUUAUGAUUAAAAAAAACAAAGUUGGGCUUAAAUAAAA